AGGUUGGCUGAAUUUUCGCGAAGUGUAUAGUUUUCGUGUCGGGUGAUAGUGCACUUUGAUCGCAGCGCGCUGGAUUCCGUGACGCGAUCUCGGGUGAUGAGAAGCGCGUUCGGCCGCAGUUGAAACCCGCGCCAAAUCCACGUGUGAGCUCGCCGCGCACGGUUGCGCACGGUGUGCGCCCGCCCGCUGUACUUUCGGCAAAAAUACGGCGCUUCGCAGAAAUACGGGAUCAUGGCGGUGCCCAACACCGGUGUAGUUGUGCCCCGGAACUUUCGGCUCCUGGAGGAGCUGGAACAAGGUCAGAAAGGUGUAGGAGAUGGCACGAUCAGUUGGGGCUUGGAGAAUGACGAUGACAUGACUCUCACGCAUUGGACCGGUAUGAUAAUUGGACCACCUAGGACGCCGUAUGAAAAUAGGAUGUAUAGUUUGAAAAUUGACUGUGGUCAGAGAUAUCCUGAUGAUGCACCUAAUGUAAGAUUUUUAAGCAGAAUCAAUAUGAACUGCAUUAACAGUGCAACCGGAGCUGUGGAUAAUCGCAGUGUACCGGUCCUUGCGAAGUGGCAACGGGAAUACACAAUUAAGACAGUGCUCCAGGAACUGCGUCGUUUAAUGACGUCGAAGGAAAAUAUGAAACUCUCUCAGCCUCCGGAAGGCAGUACUUUUUAGCCUAACCGUAUGGACAGAGACAUCUUCCUUUUUGCAAUAGCAUGAGGCGAGAUUUAAUGAAGGUACCAAAUAAAUAUUAAAUGGGUGCCCGCUAAAGAUAUAUGUUUAAAAAGAAACAAAAAAAAAACGAAAAAACAGCUUUGCGAAAGAAAGGAGGUAAUAGCUUGGAAAGUUGAAUGAGUGUACUGAGUUUAUGUGUAGAUUAGAUAGAGAAAUUGUGACAAAAUGUUUGUCAAACGCGGCGAAUUCUUUAUCGGAAUUUUUCAUUAGAAACGUAGUGUCUCUCUCUCUCUCUCUCUCGGAUCCUAAUUCAUUUUUCGCGAAUAUAUGUCGUUACGUUACGUUACGUUCAUUCGCGAGGCAGUAACUCGACGUGCGUGCGAGUUGGAAACUCUCUGCUCCAGCUUUUCAAGCUAGUACAAUGUUAAGCGAAAAGAAUCAUAUUUUGAAUCUUAAAAACUGGAGGCACAGACUGUGUAAUAAAAUGAAAUAAUCGGUAAGAAUAACUUUUAUGCCUUUAAAGUUUUUUAACGAGAGAAGAAAGAUAAUAUCCCGUUUUAAGACUUUUCUUCUGUUCUGCGCGUAAGUGCCAUUUCAUCUCUUGCGGAGGUGUCUCUUAUACUCUCUCUCUCUCUCAGUGCUGUUGUAGAAAAUUUGUAAAUUCCAGAUCAUAAAUCUGUACAUCCAUUUUACUUUUCCGUGCUGCGUACUAUUUCAACCAGCGGUAUUCGACAUUAAAAAUGUGCGACGUUACAUGUUGCGCGGUUUACUCGGUUGGGAAAUUGUGUCCUAAAAACGGCCUCUCACGCUAUACGAGUUACGUUUCGUAAUCGAUGAGGAGACGUCACUUUCGUCGCGGUCGAAGCGAUGUACACAAGUGACAUUUUUCGUUUAUAACGCCCCAUACGAGGAAUGGUACAUACAUACAACGUCAUGUGGCAAAGUACAUCAAUGUAUGAAGCAUCGUGGAUCGUGGCGAUCUUUUAGUUACUGUCGUUACGUAUUUGGACGUAUGUGUACUUGGAAGUAUACACAUUACCUAUGUAUUUGAUUGUACCUAUUAAGAUACAACAGGAUUAGUAUGCAGAUAGUGUGCUUACUGUUUGACCCAGGCUUCAUGAUUGAUGUAUUGCGGAUACAAUUGAUAUUUUUAUUAUAAGUAAUUAAAAUCAUGCUUAAUCCCUAACAUGUGUAAAGUAAACACAAGCUGCAUAUUAAUUGUUAACGCGAUCAGGUUUCUCUAUUUAGUGCAACUACGAUUGUAAAUUACACGGACUACAUUAUUGCCGACAGUCGAAUUAUGUAUGCAGCCCAUUGAUGAUUUGCAGUUAUGAAUAACGUGUUACGUUCCAGCAAGAAAAUAAUUAUAUUGUUGUAUCUCGGAAUUUACAUUAUCCAAUUGAUCGAAGGAAUGUCAUUAUAUAUAUAAUAUAUAUAUAAUAUAUAGGCUAAAGUGAGUUCCAUCAAAAUAGAUUUCGAAUUAUCUCCACGUUUAAUUGUGUAAUGUAAACAUUCUUGAUUACACAGACAGGCAUAUUACGUACCUCUUUGUCAGUUCUGCAUUUCAGUAUUACACUAUCGGUAAUAUAAUAGUGUAAUUUAAAUCAUACUACUAAAAGAGUAACAAGUUAUAACUCUAUGUGAACGAAAUCAAGCUUGAGGAGAAUAAAAUGAUUUCCUUAGA